CCCCACAGUACACUGCGUGCGACCUUUUACCAUAGAAUUCACUUUUAAAUGAAUGAAAUCCAAAGUAGGUCUAGCAAACUUAUUUCAGGUUUCAUAUGAAAGUGUAUGAAAUUGGGCUAAAUUACACCCACAACUCCAGAAAUAUAUGGUUUGGAAAAUUACUGUCACCUAAUAAUAUUUAUUAUUUUUAUUUUAUUUUAUUUUAUUUUACUGUUUUACUCUCUAGAGCGGCGUUGUAUAUAAAUUCUAAAGUCUACAAAACGGGUAUUUAAAUUGCGUUUGGUUGCACUCGUCACUCAUAUAAUCGGGAAUUUGCCUCUACACUAGUAAGAAAGGUUUCCUUUAACCAUGAUGCUUGUUGCUAAGAGACGCGGUGUAAACAGAAGCCAGCGACUGCCUGGUUUUACGGAUCCUGAAAGUAUCCAUUAAAAAGGAAGGAGAAGUUGUGGACAGUGGAGCUCGGGUAGUAGAGCCAUGUCGAAAGGAGCAAAAAGGGUAACCAAGGGGAAGAAGGCAACAAUGACGGAGGAAGAAAAAAUCCUAUUCAUGCAGCAGAGAGCUUUGGCAGAGGAGGACAUGGCAAAAAGGAAAGAGGACAUGUUGUCCCAGUUCCUUAAGGACAAGCUGCAGAAGGAGGAGCGGAACAGCGCAGUGAACCGGCUCAAGCUGACCCAGCAGUGGAGGACGGUGCUGAGGAAAGCCCGUGUCGAGGAGCUGUACCGCGAUGUGGCUGUGCUCAGCCAGACCUUUGAGAGGAUCCUGGACCACAAGGACAGCAUCGUCAAGUCCCUGGUGAGCGACCUGAUGGAGGCGGAGCAGCAGUCGUCCUUGGCAGUGAGCUCUCACCUGCAGUUUGUGGACCGGCUUCUGGAUCUGCAUAAGGCCAGGCUGGAGUCGCUGCAACAGACCUGGGCCAAUGAGCUUGAAGAGCUCAGCCAGGAGUUUAACGCAGAGAGGGUGCUGCUCACAUCUCAGCACCAGGCAGAGUCCACAUAUCUUCAGGAUGUCAGCUUUGCCAUGGAUGACCACUACCGCAAUGUGUACCGAGAAGCCCAAGAUGACUUCUACAGCACCCGUGAUGACGUCCGGAACCAGAAUGCAGAGGAGAUGCAGAUGAUCCAGGAUCAGCAGAAAGGCACUGUGCAGAAGCGGAUGGAAGAGCUCGAGCAGGAGCACCAUAGAUAUUUAAAGGCCACGGAGAACCAGCAGGUCGCAUGCAAUGCACUGCAGGACAGCGACCAGCAGAGUGCCCAGGAAAUAGAGGAGCAGAUGAAGAAACUGCGCAAGAUACAGACCAAAAUCGCAAAAUUGCGGGCGCAGCUGAGCUCCAGACAGGGGGAGAGCACACUGAUGACGCAGGACCUGCGGGCAGCCAAGACAGACGUCCUCCUGCAGGCGCAGCAGCUAAUGACCCAGCUGGGCGGCACCCGUGCUGCGGAUCGGCGGCGACUCACUGACCUCACCGUGCGCAGCAAUGCUGCGGCAAAGACCUUACGGGGCGUCAUAGAGAAGGGGGAGAAGCUACUGCGUCUCUCAGAGAUGUGCCGCAAGCUGGAGACGGAGCAGGAGAAGGUGCUGCCUUUCUACAGCUGCUCCCUUAGCGCUGAGGAGAGCCUGGGGGGAGGUGGCAGCGCGGAGGUGCCCACAGAGGAGCUCGCCAAGGCCAUGCAGGAUCAUUCGGCCCUGGAACACUUCUGGCAGCGCUACAACAAGGCCCAGCUGGAGCGCCUGUGCUUGGAGCGCGAGCGGGCUGAGCUGAGCCAGGAGAACCAACGCCUACGGCUGCUCCUGCGCCAGUACCUAGACAGCAUCUCCGUCAACGACGAGCUCCAUCUUCAACAGCGCCCCCUCCUGGUGGUCCGCCAGCCCGCGCUCGCAGUCCUGGGCGACAGCCGUGGGAAGCGGCACACCGUCGUCGAGGCGGCCCAUGCCAUGAAGCACACGCUGUGAACCACCGGGGGGGCGUGUUUUUCGGCUGCCAGGAGCCCACCUGCGCAGCCACCGGAGGAAUAAAAGGCCCCACUCACAUUUUACAGCAUGACAGCAGCUGGGCACAGAAGCAGCACAUUACAGCUCAUACAUAAAUAAUACAGCACCCAGCAGCCCUUACAGCACGCAGCCCUCAGACACACCGUGCCCCACAUCCAUCCAAAACCACGAGUCAUCAGUAAACACACGGGGUCCGAGCUUCUCAAUGA